AAAAGAAAAAAAAAAAAAAGAAGUUUGGAGUGUAGGAUUUUCCGGAUUGCGAGGAGGAACAGAAAAAGUGGAAACUCAUGAGUCAUGAGCGUAAAAAUAUGGGAGAGAAAGUGUGUGAAAGGUUGGUAAACCGUUUCCGUUUAGUUAUAAACGCAGAAGCAACCGAACUUGUGUUUGUGUGUCGUUAUAACAGAAGCUUUCGUUCUUUCUUUCAUCCUCUCUUGUGAUCCUUCUACAAAGUCAAUCGAUAGUACUAAGGAAUUCAAACAUUGGUGUACAACCUAAGAGCUCCGCGUUCUACACAAGUACACAGCCCACUCUGGCCGGGCUCGGUCUGGGUCCCCACCACCCUCCAACGCCAACCAGAUGGACACUCUUUGUUUGAAGGCAGGGGUGGGCGGCGGCGGCGGCGGCGCUGCGUUGGAUGUCCGUGCCACCCUUCCCUCGCACGUUAAUGCUUCAUCCGUUGGGCGGUCUUGUGCGGUGGUUUCAGUGGAGAAGCCGUCACUGUCGAUCCCGCAGAGGAUUUCCCCUCGGCGGUUGUCUUUCCGUACAUAUCGGUGGCCCGGUGGUAGAAGGCGGUGCGUUGUCAUGGCCGGCGACGACGUCGUUUUGAUCGACGAAAACGUGAAACGGAGGGCGGCGGAACAGAAAGAUAGUUGGGUUAUGAAGAUACUCCGCGUGCGAUCUCUGCGCAAUGGAGGCCAUAAAAGCUGUGGACUUGGGAACUCCGAGGCUGCGAAAAUUGAAGGCCGAAUUAGUGAUGCCGGUGAAGAGUCCGAUGUAUGUGCCGUUGAUGACGACGACGACAAAAUAGAGUUCGACAGGGAUUCAUUCUCGAAGCUGCUAUGCCGUGUUUCAUUAAAAGAAGCUAAAUUGUAUGCGCGAUUGUCUUAUUUGGGAAAUUUAGCCUAUUCCAUACCCCAAAUCAAGCCAAGAAAUCUUUUAAGAUUUCAUGGAUUGCGGUUUGUGACUUCAUCUUUAGAGAAGAAAAAACAGGCCUUGAAAGCUGAGAAAGAAAUAUUGGCUCAAGGGCAAAUGAAAAAAGGGAAUGAAGUUGCUGAUGAAGCUAAGGAAGGAGAUAUGAAUGCAGCAGGGAAUGUGAAAGAACUUGAGGGGGAUAGGACAAAUGGGAUUGGUAUAAGUGCAUCUGUUGCUUACAAGAUAGCGGCUUCUGCAGCUUCGUAUUUGCUUUCUCAUACAAAGACCAUUCUACCGUUUAGUUCUCGUCUGGUAGCGGUGAAUGGUACACCGAGGAGAAGAAGGAUUGGAAGGGAUGACAAUGGAGAUUUGAGGAAUGGGGAAGUUGCUUCGCUAAUGGCCACCACUGACUCAGUGACGGCAGUAGUUGCUGCAAAGGAAGAAGUAAAGCAGGCCGUUGCAGAUGAUCUGAACUCAACACGGUUGUCGCCAUGUGAAUGGUUUGUUUGUGAUGAUGAUCAAAGCGCGACGAGAUUCUUUAUCAUUCAGGGAUCGGAGUCAUUAGCAUCUUGGCAAGCUAAUCUUCUUUUCGAACCAACUCAGUUUGAGGGUAUGGAUGUGCUUGUGCACAGAGGUAUAUAUGAGGCUGCCAAAGGCAUGUAUGAGCAGAUGUUGCCAGAAGUUUUAGGGCACCUUAAAUCCUACGGUGAUCGUGCCUUGUUUCGUUUCACUGGACAUUCCCUCGGAGGAAGCUUAUCUUUACUUGUAAACCUCAUGUUACUAACAAGAGGAGAAGCUCCGCCUUCUUCUUUACUCCCCGUCAUAACUUUUGGUUCACCCACAAUUAUGUGUGGAGGAGACCGCCUCCUCCAGAAGCUUGGAUUGCCUCGAAGCCAUGUCCAGUCAAUCACAUUGCACCGAGAUAUUGUACCCCGAGCCUUCUCUUGCACUUAUCCCAAUCACGUGGCAGAAUUUCUCAAAGCCGUGAAUGGAAGCUUCCGUAACCAUCCAUGUCUAAAUAACCAGAAGCUGUUAUAUGCUCAUAUGGGAGACCUCGUGAUUCUGCAGCCGCAUGAAAAGUUUUCUCCAAGCCAUCACUUGCUUCCCCCCGGGGCUGGACUGUAUUUAUUAAGUCGUCCCCCCGUGACAGAUGACGAUGAUGCAGAGAAACGAAUCCUAGCUGCAAAGACCGCGUUCCUAAACUCCCCACAUCCUCUCGAGAUCCUGAGCGACCGCUCAGCAUAUGGCUCGGGAGGAACCAUACAAAGAGACCACGACAUGAAAUCAUACUUGAAAUCUGUCCGACACAUCAUUCAUGUAGAGCUCAGCCGCAUCAGAAAAUCAAAGAGGGAAUCAUGGUGGCCGCUGAUCGUGAUUCCUGGAGUUAAAGCUGCUGACAUUUUCGUUGGGAGAUUGGUACGCCCCACUGGCCAAGGCCAAUUCACUUUCGCUGGAAUGUUUCACAGCGGGAAAGAAUCUCUGAAGCGAUUUACAGUAGUUGCAGCCCAGCACAUGCAUUUGUUUCUCAUGUUCUUGCUCCCUGCACCCCUGUUGAUGCUCAGAGCAUUCAAUGUUAUUAUCUUUCGUUGAUUUUAGCACACAAGCAUAUAUGCUGCUGUGAUCGAUCUAGAAAUGGUUAGAUGAUUCUUUAUUCAUUUGAUUGAUUGCACAGGAAUCUUAUGUCCCCCUGGUGUUUAGAAUUGCCAGAUAAUUAUAGAUUUAGACAAUAGAUCAAAGAUUAGAUUAAAGGGGAAAAAAAACAGAACAUUGUAAUUGCCAAGUGCCAAAAUUGGGCAGGGAACUGCCUAAAUCUCACAUGCAUGCAUUGAUGCAUACCUAUAUAUUGAAACCAAGUUGUCCUCGUGGGAGCUC